AUGUUGCAUAUCAUGAAAAACUUGAUCCAAGCACACCAGGAGCGUGAACAAAUUCUCCUGAUGCUGUUGUGCGCCGCGGUACGAUGUGAUCGUCGUGAUCACUUCAUCCGAGAAAUUCUGGAACGCCUCACACCGGACGUUCAAACGGGAAUUAUGGACUGUAUCAAAAAUUUUACCGAGAAUUCGGACUGUGUGAUCGGGUUCGAUCGGAUGGACUGCUCAGCCCCGGAUGUGAUUCGUGUUCUGAAAAUUUGUCUCAACCAAUUGGAAGAUAUUUAUCUGCAAGUGAGUCGCUAA